CCAUACGAAAAAAAAUACAAUAAAUGGGGAAAUGAGCAAAGGAACAGAGAAGGAAAUCUACUGUCCCUGUGUAGCCUUAGAGUGUGUGUGUGUGUGUGUCUGUCUUUUGACUCGUUUGCUCGCUCCUCACCUGCACAGUUUACUGCAUUCCCUGUUGAACUAUACUACUCCUGACAUUUGAUCCCAAUGCGCGUUUUGGGGGAGUGAAUGAAGUAGUAGUAGAAGAACAGAAGAAGAAGAAGAAGAAGAAGCAAAGAGUGAAGAAAUGCUUUGUUUGAAAGCAGAAGCUUAUGACGACCGCGACCUCGAUCUCGACCCAACCAUCAAGCCCGCCGAUGCUUCUUCUUGCAAUAAUAAUAAUAAGAUCAAUGCAUCUCCAGAUGCUUCUUCUACUGGCUUUCUUCUCCCCAUCAAUUUUGGAAGUUCCCUCCAUAAGUAUUUCUGGAAGAUGGGUAAAAUGUCCACUCGAUCUAUCUCCUCCGGAGACGGCUCCCCUUCAUGUUCAGUCUCCGAUUUUGAGGAUAUUAACUCACAAGAGCGAAAAAUCCCCCCGGUGCAAGACAUAGAUAUCUCUGUUUACAAGCAUCAGCUUGAGCAAGAUGUGAAAAUGCUGCAGCAGCAGUUGCAAGAAGAGAUUGACUUGCGCUUGGCCCUUGCAAAUGCUGUUGAACAUUCUAACUCGUCUUCUGAUUCACCUUGUCAACUUCCAGAUAAAGCACAAGAGCUUUUGGAUAGCAUAGCUAUCCUUGAGGAUAAUGUGAUAAACCUUGAACAGAAGUCAGUUGCCUUGCAAUAUCAACUCAGUCAGGAGAGAAAUGAGCGCCGUAUUGCUGAGUACCGUUUGAGGCAUUUUCCCAUUUUAGCGUCCUCCAUGUUUGAUACUUCUCAGUCCAACUUACCAGAGAUGAUCAUUAGACCUGGCAGCAGAGAGAAACUAGAAGGAAAGAUGGAGGAGAAGCCUCCAUGGUCAGAGUCAGUCAACGAGCCAAACAAGGAUUAUUUUGUGGAGAAACUAUGCCACCGGCCAAACCAGCUUUCAGAGGCCAUGGUCUUGUGCAUGAGAGACAUUUUUCUCUUUUUGGCGGAUUCCUCCAAACUCUCUUCUUCAAAGUCUAGUGUUGCACCAUCUUCACCUUGUGACCAACUACCCCAUCCCUCUCUGCCAUCAUUCUCAGACACAAACAGGGAUGAUUCCUCAACUAGAAGUCCCAUAUUAGACAAGGACCAGGUCUCUGGAGUCUCAACAAGAUCUUGCAAGUUCGACCCAUAUGGAGUUCCUGGUAAAGUAGAAUGGAAUGAAGGUAUUGGAGCUUACAGCAACGCUGUUGAGGUCUCCUGGUUGUCGGUUGGGAAGAAAGAGCUUGAAUAUGCUUCCGGCGCUCUCAAACGAUUUAGGUUGCUUGUGGAACAGUUGGUUGAAGUUGACCCAUCACGCCUUCUUUGCCAUGAAAAGCUAGCAUUUUGGAUCAAUGUGUACAACGCAUUGAUCAUGCACGCCUUCUUAGCAUACGGAGUUCCAAGAAGUGAUAUUAAACUAUUUUCCUUAAUGCAGAAGGCUGCAUACACAAUUGGGGGAAACUCAAUCAGCGCUGCGGAUAUUGAAUACAUCAUCCUAAAGAUGAAGCCUCCAGCACAUCGACCUCAAGUAGUAAGUUUUACUUUCAUUGGCUUCCCUUACAAAGUGUUAACUUGCUUGUACCCUGGAGGAACAUGCCCUUGUGCUUGGGAAAACGUCCUGAAUUUGUUUGCCUGUUAUGGUAUGUUGAGUGGAGUUACAUCUUACGCCCAUCACUACGACGUGCAGUCGUUUGUCCUUGCUCUUCAAAGGCUGAAAGCAACCGAUGAGUUGAGGAAGUUUUCAAUCAAUCAACCAGAGCCCCUACUGGCUUUUGCUCUAAGUUGUGGGAUGUACUCUUCGCCUGCUGUGCGGAUCUACAAGCCCGAUAAUGUAAAUGAAAUGCUUCAGACCUCAUUGAAGGAUUAUGCACAAGCAUCGACUGGGAUAGGCAGCAAGGGCAAGAUAUUGGUGCCAAAGUUGCUGCAUUGUUUCGCAAAAGGAAUGGUGGACGAUUCACAAUUGCCAGAGUGGCUAACUGAGUUGCUCACAGCAGAGCAAGCUGCCAUGGUGAAAGACUGCUCAUCCAACCGCAAGUGGAAGCUGCUGGGCGCACGAAGCUUCUCCAUCUUGCCUUUCGAUUCAAGGUUCCGAUUUCUCUUCCUGCUGUAGUUAGAAGUGUAGAGUGGUACCAGUGUCAAAGAGAUGCUUUACUACUCCACGAAGGGGUAAUAUAUAGAACACGAGCCCAUUGUUGGUAAGAGUCCACGCGACGGAAACGCAAAUCUGGAUGUCACUUAGUUUUGUACUUUCUUGCCGUCGUAAUCUCGAUCUCUGUAAGAACAUAAUGAGUUCAAUACAACAAUAAGCGUU